AUGGCAGUGAUUGAGGUUGAGUGCCUGGCUUCUUGGAAGUGGUUCUUAGAGAACAUGAAUGAAGACCUUGGAAUAGAGAACACUACACCUUGGACCAUCACGACUGAUAAACAUAAUGGUUUAAUCCCUGCUAUGGAGCAAACUUUUCCUGACUCAGAACAUAGGUUCUGUGUUAGGCACCUCUACUCCAACUUCCAAGGUCAGUUCAAAGGGGAAAACCUAAAGAAUCAGCUUUGGGCUUGUGCAAGGGCAAGUACAGUGCCAAGAUGGAACCAAGAGAUGGACAAAAUUAAACUGCUCAACAAAGAUGCCCAUGCUUGGUUAGAGAAAAUGGCCCCAAACACUUGGGUAAGGGCAUUUUUCAGUGAGUACCCGAAAUGUGAUAUUCUGCUCAACAAUACAUGUGAAGUGUUUAAUAGGUACAUAUUAGAUUCUAGAGAACUUCCCAUCUUGAGCAUGCUGCAAAGGAUCAAGGGACAGCUCAUGAGCAGGCACUACAACAAACAAAAAGAAGUACAAGAGAAAUGGGGAGGGAUGUUGAUUUGUCCUAAGAUCAGGAAGAAACUAGCAAGGCAUGCAGAGAUGGCCAACACAUGCUAUGCAAUACCAAGUGGAAGUGGUAUAUUUGAGGUUCAUGACAUGGAGUGGAAAUUUGUUGUUGACAUUGUAGGAAGGCACUGUACAUGCAAGAGAUGGGACUUGACAGGUAUACCCUAUAGUCAUGCGGUUUCUUGUCUGAGGCAUGAGAGGAUUCCAGAAGAUUCAGUGCUACCUUGGUGUUACUCCAUUGAAGCUUUUAACAGUGCAUAUGGAUGGAACAUUAUGCCCUGCAAUGACAAGUCAACUUGGGAAAAUGUUGGUGGCCCACAAGUUAAACCACCUGUGUAUGAAAAGAAGGUAGGAAGGCCACCUAAAGCUAGAAGGAAAGCAGCACAUGAAGUUUGUGGACCAAAUGGGCCAAGACUAACCAAACAUGGAUUAACCAUGCAUUGUAGUCACUGUGGAGAACCUGGGCACAACUCAGCCACUUAUGCUAGGAAGAAAGCAGGAGAACCAGCAGUGAAGAAGUCAAAUAAAGCUACUCCUACUACAGUUGAGCUAGAUCAACAGCCAAGGGAACAACUUGCCACUGUCUAG